CAAGGAACGCCGCGUGGAAAAUGGAAUAAAAUAAGCGCUAGGCACGUGAUAUUCUAACUACAUUAGGACUAGAUUUGAAAGUAAACGCGCGUGUAAAAUUGAAAUGCGGCAAAAGCUUGAUUCGUUCAACUUUCUCCGCCAUCUUUUUCUCUCUCUUGUAUCAGGCAAACUCCUAGCUCAAGCACAUUAUUCAUUUCUACGAUUCACGCCCGCCCCAGCUGCUCGCCCUAUCACCUACUCUACCCUCUGCUAAUCUUUACGCUUCUUAUCCUGGUCGCCGCCCGCACAUCCUCUUGACACACUCCUCGCUUCACAAUUCUCGCGCAACAACGAGCCUAGGAAAUUUUUUUACCCUUCCAUCGACUUCUGCGCGGCCACUCCUGCUCGCCCUGCAUACUCAAACUAUCAUAUCCUUGACUAAGUAAGCCAAUGGAGAACGCUAAUUUAUGGACUCGAAGAUCUAACUCUGCAAAACUCUCCCUAUCGACCUCCAGCUCUGAUAGUAAAGACGGUGCCGGAAAGUUGGAUUCAUCUCGUGGUCGCUCCGCAGGCCGCUUCGACGGCUCGCACCCUCGCUCAAACCCAUUCAACGCCAUAUCGCCUCUCUCUUCUACAGUCUCCUCCCCCUCCGUGGCCGCAUCAUCUGCCUUUGGGCUGGGCUCAGGCGCCUUCGCUUCAUUCGGAUCGACGGCGAAGUCGUCUAAGACCGCCAACUCCCCUGACGCUAUCGCUGGUAAACAACAAGGCGAUAAGCGAGAUUUACAAGCCGACCAGGAAGGCGGGGCUUGGAAACCAGUCAAGUCAAAGGCAUCUUCGUCUUCUCUUGACAAGUCCGCGUCUUCGGCCAAUAAGGAUAACGGAGUAAGGGAGCUUCCGCUUAAGUCUACGUGGAUUGUCUGGUACCGUCCUCCGACACCCAAGUACUCUGAUUAUGAGAAGUCCACUAUCCCUCUCGCCUCUAUAUCUUCCGUCGAGAGCUUUUGGACCGUUUAUUCACACCUCAAACGACCUUCCUUGCUACCGACUGUGUCGGACUACCAUAUAUUCAAGAAAAACAUUCGUCCUGUAUGGGAGGAUGAGGCCAAUAAAAGGGGCGGCAAGUGGAUCAUCAGGUUGAAGAAGGGAGUUGCGGAUCGAUAUUGGGAAGAUCUACUCCUGGCAAUGAUCGGGGACCAGUUCGCCGAGGCAAGCGAUGAGGUCUGCGGUGCGGUCCUCAGUGUCAGGAGUGGGGAGGAUGUUUUGAGUAUAUGGACAAAGAUCGAUGGUGGCCGCAACAUCAAGAUCAGGUAUGCUACAUUUAAUUCCGCCCCUUGUUUUGGCCGUAGAAGAUGAUGGCUCACAUCGAUGCACAGGGAAACCAUUAAGCGGCUUCUUGCCUUCCCCCCAGAUACAAACAUCAUCUGGAAGAGCCAUGAUGACAGCAUUGCACAGAGAUCAGCUAUAGACCAAGCGCGCCUGGAUAAAUCCAGCGGCAAUUCCGGUCACCACCACCAUCACCACCAUCACAACCAAGGAGCUGACCGCCGCCGCAUCACCAACCAGGAAGAUUCCACUACCGAAAGGGGUAAGAAUACCACGAACUCUUAAGCAGGAACUCUUUUUAGUUGCUCCAGCAGGCCCGAUGUACACUACUUUUGUUUAAGUGCUAAAUUCUAUUCACCGGCAUACCCCCUAUAUGUCUAGCCUAUUAUUAUCCUUCCUCUUACCUUCUCCUCGUUCUUUGACUUGUUCUUUGACCUGUUCUUACUUUUCUUCCGCCUAUGUUUCUUCUCUUGUUUUAUCAUGAUUGAUUUAAUGCCUAUUUCGAAAACCACAUCGAGAUAUGGCAAAUGCUUUCUUCUGGGUUCCUGGGUUCAAUCAUUUCAGCAUCAUGGGUGUACUGUUUUUUUGCAGAAAUGGUCAAAGCCAACUGGUUUUACGGCUUACCUCCAGCCUUUCCUCGUAGUCACUAUAAUUAUAUGCACCUGUAGCAACAUACACACUGGCAGCCCUUCUGCAGGCCUUUAUCUCCAGCUUUCAUUCAUAUCUUCAUCUUUGUUCAGGCAGAAGAGGCCAGCAAACCAUGCGCUUAUUGGUGGCGGAUGUUUGGUCUAUCAAACCCUAAAAACUGUUGCGCCUCUGGUCAGUUAUCGAUAACUCAGUUCCAGCACCUCACAAACAACCUCUUUUUAUAUUCACUCCCUUCUACUACCACAUUCAUUGUCCAGAUAUUCCAUCUGCCUAUACUUUGAGUGGUUUCCACUGUUCAUUCACAGGAAUAAUGGUAGUCGAAACUUAUCGGCCUUGAAUAAUAACUAAUCGUGAAAGGCUGGGUGAUGGUUCCUGGAGCUUCGCUACACAGUCACUGCACCUCAGCUCAUGAUAAAAAGCGCACACUUAUGCCUCGAGAGAGGGCAAUCAUCGUCAUAAGAGAGGGUCAAGAACCGUGUUGAACCCGUGUGACACCGUACUAUAGGAAGGGUUAGUUUUAUUCCUCCGGUCCCCUUCGCAUAGCCCGCUCAUUUGCUACUCGAGACUCUUUUCUUUUCUAAUACAUGAACUAACCAUUUACUACCUGCUAUCAGGAUGCCAGAAGUCCUGUCGAAUCUUACUUCCAUAUUUGGACACAAGAAGAAAGCUGUUGGGUAAACAAAGCUGGUUACCAACCUUUUGAGUGGUUGGAAGUGGAAGCUGAUAGAUGGGGGUUUCCGGUCGCAAGCUGAGCAAGGAUGAAAGAAAAAGCUAUAGGGAUGAGCAGCGCCUGCUACAAGGUAGCCAGUACGUUUUAUGCUUCCAUUUUGUUUAUUCAGAGAAUGUGAUUAUAAUGAUUUGCUAACUCCUCAUUCCAGACUGACAAGGGACCGUCGUGCAAUUCCUAUCCAACCAGGCUCGAUCGCGAAGAAACACGAGACGUUUAAACCCACAAAUACCAUCGGAGUCAGACCAGGGACACGGGUAAAUCAGUCUUCGUCGGUGCCGAGUCUUCCUUUCUCCAGACCCAAACCUUGGGAACUGGAUAGUUCUACGGUGAUACCAGAUUCAGAUGAAGAGUUUCCUCCACCAAGAAAGCGAUUGAAACGAGAAGUCCCCGAAAUAAUUGACCUCGAGGAGAAUGAACAGUCGUUGGCCGUUCCAGAAACUUCUUAUACCAAAAUUAUGGUUGAAAGGUCUCCUUCGCGAAGCCCAGUCCAAGCAC